AUGAUACGCUUACCACAGUCGUGGUUUCGAUAUGCUCGAGAAUUUAUGAACGUCUACAGUGAUAUGCCUCGUUUUCUGCUUAUGCACCAAAGUCUACUAUCUCACGACGACAUAAAUUUGGUGCAAGUGGAGGAUGAGCAUCUCGCACAAGUGCUCACGCUUUCGACUCCUUUUGAUAUUUAUUCGACACUUAUGGACGUUCUGCACUUACCAAGCGAUUUGACAACAGUUCAGGAUACAAACAAAAGAUCUCUAUCUCUCUUCCGCCCUAUUUCUGAAGACAGAACCUGUGCACAAGCUGGUGUUGAACCGCACUGGUGCACUUGUCUAAAUUGGCAAGACUCUUUGACUACAUAUGGUGAUCGAGCUAUAGCAGAGGAACUCGCCCUUGCUAUUGUGGAAGUGAUUAACCGGCAGUUAAAGAACGUGUUUCACUUGUGUGCUAAAUUACACCUGAAGGAAGUUAUUGAAGCGAAAAAAUUAGUACCCAAUGAAGGAUUGCUCAAGUACAAGAAUGUAAAGGACAGCGAUGGUUUUGUCCCUGAUUUGAGUGGUAAUACCAAAGCAGCCUUUGCACACUAUCAGAUCAAAUUACGAACACGUCCAGGGAAUGCAAUUUAUGAGGUGACGCUGUUCUACGACUUCAAAAUGAAGGAAGUGCACAUCGAUCUUGCCUCGAUCAGUCACCCAAACAAAUUCGGUGACGCACCACAUUGUAUUAUAAAUCAGAAUUAUUUUCUUGCAUCUUAUUGCGUCUGUCACGACAAAGUCUAG